UCACCCCUUUCUAUUAUUUGUCCGAGAGGGAGAAGGAGAAGAAGAAGAGAGAGAGAGAGGGAGAAUGAAGUUUCUGUUUCAGUGUCCAUGUUGCUCAUGCUUCUGUUUCAUGAAGCCAAAACAAGGGAAACCAAAACCGCCAAAGGCUGCAGAAGCGAAACCAGACAAGAAAGAGGAGACCAAACCAGACAAGAAGGAGGAGAAGAAGGAGACCAAACCAGACAAGAAAGAGGAGAAGGCUGAGUAAAUUCUAUUAAAUCUCUCUUGGUUCAGCUUUUGAUUGGUUAUAUGAUGUUUAAAUAAUUAUUUACACGCAAGCUGUAAUUUCUAUGGUUAAUCUUUGUUUUGUCAUAUAAUGGGUUGUGUUCGAUCGGAUCUACUUGUUUUCAUGGCCUGUUCUUGGGGGUUAUAUAUAUUUUUCCGUGUGUUUCAUUUCUU